AUGGGGGACAUAAAGUUCUCACCUUGCUCAAAUCCACUUGCCAAAGGUGGACGGCUUAGCUCCAAUCCUCGAGAUGAAGAACGGCCCAGUCACAAAUUUUUACCCUUGACAAUAUCUUCUGAGGCCCAGCUAGCGAUGCCCGGCUCAAGAUCACAAGCAACCCCGACUACCCCCGCCAACAAAUUUGAUCAAGACACCUUUGCCGAAAGGCAAGGGUUGUGCAGAGACUAUGAAGGUGCUCAAACUAAACCCAACAAAUCCACCCUUGCUGAAUCAGAAGCUCAAACCUGCAAACAUAACAACUUUAAAGUCGACCUCGCGAAAGAAACCAAAGUGCGGACAAUUUGA